GCCUAUUCAAGCAUGCAAGGAAGCUGAGUACAGCAAGAGGAUCAUCAAGAUCUGAUGUAGCUGCCACGCUGCGUCACGCUCAAGUGUCAAUCAGCCAUCCUACCCUGCCAUCCAUCCUCACCGACUAGAAAGGAGAUCAGCCACUUGAUCUACACCAACCCUCCGCAAAACCAGUAUUCCAGCUCGCCACACCUUCUAGAAGCCCGCCCCUUGCUUCAUGAUUUCAUCCUUCAUCCUUCGUCACUCCUGCCCCGCCACCCGCCACCACCCCGCAUUCCUCACAACCCACAUUCCACUCCUCACGCCCAUCGCCUACCACCUACAUCCAUACCAUACCAACCUUCCCCUCCCACCAAACAAACAACCGCAUACAAACCCGCACAGGCCUCAACAGCAGCCGCACAGACGCAGCCGAGCCCACCGCGCCGAGCCCACCCGUCCGCAACCGCACACACCGAUGUCCAGCGUGCGCACAAGCCCAGCAGACCACGCCAACGCACGGCCCGUAGCCCGCGCGGCCAGUAGUGGCUGUGUCGAGCUAGAGCCCUGCCUCAUCCGACGCCUAUUUUAAUCUCGCGCGCACAUCACUUACGCUCUGCCCCAACGUUACGUAUGUACGUCGUAUCUACCCGUAGCCAUGUCGUAGACGCUCACGGCCUGUGCCCCUG